AUGAUAAUGACAGUCCAUCUACUGCUGAAGAGACUCCCAAGACAUUUAUGUAAGCAGAGAACAUUUUUUGUAUCAGAAGCACGCAAUUUGAUAAGAAUCCAACCUGUGCAUUGGUCUACAAGACACUCGUUACACUGUUCUGGACUGUGUACAAAUAGGCUGUACUCGACUGGUAACAUACCAAGUGAUCCUGAAAUGUUCCGUGAGACUCCCACGUUCCCCCCAGAGUGGACCGAUCCCUCGGCACAAGCACCGCUAGAAGCAAGUACACCCACAGUGACCGACAUUGUUUCUGAAAUCCCAGAGGUUGUUACCGGUACGGUUGGUGGAUAUAGCCCUGUAGGUCUAUUGCAAACAGCUCUUGAAUUUUCCCACACAUCUCUCCACUUGCCAUGGUGGAUAGCCAUAGCUAGUGCAACUGUUCUUAUUCGGUUAGCAAUUUUCCCCCUUGCUGUCAACAUGCAAAUCAAUGCUGCAAAGAUUGCCAACAUAAACCCCCAGGCGCAGGAAUUACACACGCAACUGACACAUGCUAAAACAGCUGGAGACAAGAAAACUGAAGCUGAGCUUGGGAUGAAGAUACUUACGCUUUAUCAGGAUAAUAAUUGUCAUCCUAUCAAGAUGUUUAUGAUGCCACUGGCUCAAUUGCCUGUGUUCAUAUCAUUCCUGAUGGCGCUGCGAGGUAUGGCUCAGCUACCUGUGGAGAGCAUGAAAGCUGGUGGGAUAUUAUGGUUUCAAGAUCUCACUGUGCCUGAUCCCACGUUUGCCCUACCCCUGAUUGCAUGUGCCACCUUCUUAUGUAAUAUUGAGCUCGGAGGUGAAGGUGGAGGAGAUACUAGUAAUGAUAUGUACAAGAAAGUAAAACUGUUCAUGAGAGCUUCAGCCUUCCUGAUAUUACCAGUCUCUGUAACGUUUCCAUCGGCUUUGUUUUGCUAUUGGAUUACUAACUCCCUCAUCUCGACGGUUCAAAUCUUAGUCUUCAAAAUACCAGGAGUAAAAACUUCACUUGGUAUUCCUAAAAUUAACAAACGUUUGUAGCCGUUUCAUACUGUGUUGCGUGUAUGUUUUAAUUUAUUUUGUGAUUGUAUUGAGUAGGUAUAGCGAUCGGAUUGAAUUAUAGUACAUCGAUCAGUGUGA